AUGACAAAAAGAUAUUGGAACAUAAUUUUGGAAGAGAUGAUGGGGGCAGGAGUUCAUUUUGGCCACGGUACUAGAAAAUGGAAUCCUAAAAUGUCACCUUAUAUAUCUGCAAAACGUAAGGGUAUUCAUAUUAUAAAUCUUAUUAGAACUGCUCGGUUUUUAUCAGAAGCUUGUGAUUUAGUUUUUGAUGCAGCAAGUGGGGGAAAACAAUUCUUAAUUGUUGGUACAAAAAAAAAAGCAGCUGAUUCAGUAGCGCGGGCUGCAAUAAGAGCUCGGUGUCAUUAUGUUAAUAAAAAAUGGCUCGGUGGUAUGUUAACGAAUUGGUAUACUACAGAAACACGACUUCAAAAGUUCAGGGACUUGAGAAGGCAACAAAAAACGGGAAGACUCCAUUUUUUUCCAAAAAGGGAUGCCGCUAUAUUGAAGAGACAAUUAGCUCAUUUGGAAACAUAUCUUGGCGGCAUUAAAUAUAUGACGGGGUUACCAGAUAUUGUAAUAAUCGUCGAUCAACAAGAAGAAUAUACGGCUCUUCGAGAAUGUAUAACUUUGGAAAUUCCAACAAUUUGUAUAAUCGAUACAAAUUGUGAUCCGGACCUAGCUGAUAUUUCGAUUCCAGCUAAUGAUGAUGCUAUAGCCUCAAUUCGAUUAAUUCUUAACAAAUUAGUAUUUGCAAUUUGUGAGGGUCGUUCUAGCUAUAUACGAAAUUCUUGA